AUGGCAAAGAAAAAAAAAACUCCAUUAUUCUCGUCAAAAGCCAAAUCAGUUUCAAUUACUGGUAAAACAACAUUUGGAAAUGCAAAAAUAACUAAAGGCCAAGGCUCUUUGGCGACCUCGCCAGCCGGCAUGCUUCCAUCAAAGCACACGCGAAGAAUCAUCCGCACACACCAUACCCUUCUCAAACAACAAGCCAUUAUUCAAAAAGAUAUUGAAAAAGAAAUUGCUCAGAUUAAGAGAAACAAUCAAACAAAUGGAGCUAAUAUUACUAAACAUGCUUUAGAAGUACCAACUUUAACUAGUGAAAAACUUACAGAGUUACAAAACUCACUGGAGUCCAUCAAUAAACAGAUUGAAGAAAAUGGAGGCAUUGAAAUAUAUCAAAAAGCAUCAAUAUCAGGCCAGGAUAAUAGUCGGGGUGGUGAUACUUCUAAACUUUUGAUUGAAUGGCUUCAAGAACUUGGGAUUACAGCACAUAAAAAACCUAAAAAGGAACAAGGCACAACAGAGGACGUGAAAAAUCCACGGAAAAUCUCUUUGCUAGAAGUUGGAUCAUUAUCGGCUAAAAAUGCAUGCUCAACAUCUGGAAUUUUUGAUUAUAUUGAACGGAUAGAUCUCAAUUCCCAAGACCCUAAAUAUAUCAAGCAACAGGAUUUCAUGCAGCGCCCUUUACCCAAAAAAUCAGCAUUGGUCGAUGAAAAUACUGAGGUGUUUGAUUUAAUUUCUCUUUCUUUGGUAGUAAAUUAUGUUUCAGACCCUCAGACUAGAGGCAGAAUGCUUCUGAGAUCUACAGAGUUUUUAAAGAAGCGAAUAAUUUCUCGGAAAAAUUCAAAAGCUUUACAAAACAAGAGCCAUAUAAAAUUCAAUGACACAGGUGAUAUAUCUACACAAUAUACUGAAAAAGGCCUGGUAAAUGAUUCCAAAUAUGAUGAGGUAUUCCCCUGUUUGUUUUUUGUUCUUCCAGCACCAUGUGUCACGAAUUCACGAUAUUUAACUGAGGAUCACCUUACCGAAAUAAUGCACUCAAUCGGGUAUACAAAACUUCUUAAGCACAAAGUUACAAAUAAACUAGCAUACUGGCUUUGGUCAUUUGGUGAACCUUUAGAUGGGGCCAAUGAAAAUUUUAGAUUAUCCCCUUAUGUUCAAAAAGAAUUAAAUAUAAUGAAGAACCAAUCUUUUAAUGGGGCUCCAAGUAAUGAUACAGAAAAGCAAGGGAAAAAACUAUUUCCUAAAAAAGAAGUCAAUCCUGGUGGAGGAAAAAACAACUUUGCAAUUACAUUAUAA